AUGAUUGGCAGUGGAGCAAGUGUGGUGCAAUUUGGCAACGAGUUUUUCAAUCCGAAUAAUCCGGUAGAGAUCCCUGUGACGGGCUUCACCUAUGGGAAACGACUUCGAGUUGUUCUAAGGACAACCGACAAGAAGGAUAAACAGUUUCAUAUUUUUCAGGACAAGAUAUUAGUAUUCAACUCCUACUUUCACGGAAACUGGCAGCAAGAAGAGCGGGCACCAGUUGCGUUUCCAUUCGAGACCAAACAGAUCUACACGAUAGAAUUCAUCGCUAGCGGACAGAAAUCUGUCAUGGUGCAUGUCAACGGAAACUUCUUGUACGAGUUUCGCGAACGUCAGUCCGGUUGGUCAGUGUCGUCAAUCGACAUCGGUGGAGAUGUACACAUUCAUUCUGUACAUGUUGCUUAA